AUGUCUCAUACAAUAGAGCCCAAUAUCGCCGCCGUCCUUCCCGUUAAACAGGGUCAACUGACAAUCCAGCAACGUCCUGUCCCAGCCCCGAAGGAGGGCGAACUACUGGUACGCAAUGCCGUGGUUGCUGCGAACCCCUCAGACUGGAAAUUCCAAACCCUCGGCCUUUCCAGCAAGUUCCCAGCCGUACUUGGUAGUGACCUCGCCGGUGCCGUUGUAUCCGUUGGUUCGGAUGUAACGCGCUUCAAACCAGGUGAUCGCGUCAUCGGCUUUGCGCUAGGUGUUAUAAGCGAGAACAUCGACAAGGCAGCGUUUCAGACCUAUACUCUUCUCGAUGAAGUGGCGACGACUCACUUACCCGACAACAUCAGCCUUGAGGAGGGUUCUGUGUUUCCCGUUGGUAUGCUCACUGCAUCUAUCGCGCUUUUCGACGGUCUCAGACUGCCAAUGCAGGAGAAUACUGAUGAAGAAGCUGGAGCUAUUCUUGUUUGGAGUGGCGCCUCGGCUGUUGGGGUAUCAGCAAUGCAGAUAGCGCAUUCGCUGGGAUGGAGUGUCUACGCGACUGCAAGUCCAAAGCAUCACGAGUGGCUCAAGACUUUGGGGGCGAAGGAUGUAUGGGACUAUCUUGACCCUCAAGUCGCGCAGAAGAUAGCUGCAGCCUUGAAAGCUUCCGGGAAAAGGAUUCGCGGCGUUAUCGAUGCCCGAGCAGAGGGUAGCUCGUUCGAUUCGGUUGCGGAGAUACUGACUGCGGCUGAUAUAGCCCUAGGAUGUAAGGCCACAGCGCUGAUGCCAUGGCCGGAAGAAACGUUGCUGCCAGCUGGAAUUGAAGGACACCAUACCAACUGCGUGGGAUUCACAGACAACUAUCCAGUCAUAGCAAGCUGGGUUUUCGGCGGCUGGUUGACCAAGGCUCUGGAAGAAGGGAAGAUCAAGCCUGCACCACGGGCUCGUGUCAUCGAAGGUGGAUUGGGAGCCACCCAGGAGAUGUUGGAUCUUCUUAGAGCUGGGGCAAGCGGUGAGAAGUUUGUGUUGAAGGUUUAG